CAACCCCCUCCGGGGGGCGCGCGCUCCGGGGCUCGCGCCGAGGGCUCGCGCCCCUGCCUCGUGCCUGCGCCGCUCGUAUGUAAAUGAGGGCGCGUGACGCGGGACGCAGAUGGACAAGGGAAGAGAGAGAAUGGCCGCUGCCGCCGCCGCUGCUGCCGCCGCCGCCGCCGCCGCCGCCGCUCAGUGCCGGAGCCCUCGGUGCGCGGCGGAGAGGAGAGGAUUCCGGCGGGAACUCGACUCUUGGCGCCACCGCCUCAUGCACUGUGUAGGUUUUGAGAGUAUUUUAGAAGGGCUUUAUGGACCACGGCUACGAAGAGACCUCAGUUUAUUUGAAGACUGUGAACCAGAAGAGCUGACUGACUGGUCUAUGGAUGAAAAAUGCUCAUUUUGUAACCUACAGAGAGAAGCAGUCAGUGAUUGUAUACCAUCUCUUGAUUCUUCACAGUCAACACCAACGGAGGAGCUAUCAUCUCAGGGCCAGUCCAACACUGAUAAGAUUGAAUGCCAAGCAGAAAAUUACCUAAAUGCACUCUUUCGAAAGAAAGAUCUUCCUCAGAACUGUGAUCCUAACAUUCCCCUAGUUGCUCAGGAAUUAAUGAAAAAGAUGAUACGUCAGUUUGCAAUUGAGUACAUUUCAAAAAGUGGUAAAAUUCAAGAGAAUAGAAAUGGUUCAAUUGGACCAAGUCUCCUAUGUAAAAGUAUCCAAAUGAAUCAAGCAGAAAACUCCCUUCAGGAAGAGCAGGAAGGCCCCUUAGACCUCACUGUGAAUCGAAUGCAAGAACAAACUACUCAGCAAGGGGAUGGAGUGUUAGAUCUCUCUACAAAGAAAACCAGCAUAAAAUCUGAAGAGUCAUCUAUAUGUGAUCCUUCUUCUGAAAAUUCAAUGGCUGGGAGACUACACAGAAACAGAGAGGACUAUGUGGAAAGAAGUGCUGAGUUUGCAGAUGGUUUGCUCUCAAAAGCUUUGAAAGACAUUCAGUCUGGAGCACUGGACAUAAAUAAAGCAGGCAUACUUUAUGGCAUACCUCAAAAAACUUUACUUCUCCACUUAGAAGCCUUACCAGCAGGGAAGCCUGCAUCUUUUAAAAACAAAACUCGAGAUUUCAAUGAUAGUUACUCAUAUAAAGACAGUAAAGAAACUUGUGCAGUGCUGCAAAAAGUAGCCUUGUGGGCAAGAGCUCAAGCAGAGCGCACAGAAAAAAGUAAACUCAAUCUACUUGAAACCUCAGAAUUAAAAUUCCCAACAGCUUCCAGUUACCUCCAUCAGUUAACUCUACAGAAAAUGGUUACUCAAUUUAAAGAAAAAAAUGAAAGCCUUCAAUAUGAAACUUCAAAUCCUACUGUACAAUUAAAAAUUCCUCAGCUACGAGUAAGUUCUGUUUCAAAAUCACAACCCGACGGUUCUGGUCUGCUGGAUGUUAUGUAUCAAGUUUCCAAAACCUCUUCAGUCCUAGAAGGAUCAGCGCUCCAAAAACUGAAAAAUAUACUCCCUAAACAGAACAAAAUAGAGUGUUCUGGUUCUGUAACUCACUCAAGUGUUGACUCUUACUUUCUACAUGGGGACCUCUCUCCUUUGUGUCUUAAUUCUAAAAAUGGAACAGUUGAUGGAAACUCUGAAAAUACUGAAGAUGGAUUGGAUCGAAAAGAUAAUAAGCAGCCCAGGAAAAAACGUGGCCGCUAUCGGCAAUAUGAUCAUGAAAUAAUGGAAGAGGCUAUUGCAAUGGUAAUGAGUGGAAAAAUGAGUGUUUCCAAAGCACAAGGAAUUUAUGGGGUACCUCACAGCACUUUAGAAUACAAGGUAAAAGAAAGAUCUGGAACACUGAAGACUCCUCCGAAGAAGAAACUACGAUUACCAGACACUGGGUUAUAUAACAUGACAGAUUCAGGGACUGGCAGCUGCAAAAACAGCAAGCCUGUGUAGACUACUUGUUAGGAAAACGUGUGUGUGUGUGUGUGCGUGUGUGUGUGUGUGCACAGGUGUGUAUUUGUGUGUCUACAUACACACAUGUGGGAAUUACAAAUGCUCACUUUGACAGGAGACAUGAAAUUUUACAGUUCAAAAACCACUUACAUGCCUUUUGAAAAAAAAAGUUUUAUUCAGGGUUUUCACUGUGGACAGAAUUAUAUAGUUGCUUACUUAAUUCUGAUAGUUUGUAUUUAAUCCUUGUAUAAAUAGGUGAAAGAAAUUCAGGUUUUCUUUAGUAGUCAAUAGCAUAAAGCGUGGGAAAACAAGUAAAUGUCAAGUGAAACAUUUUUAUUGGUGAAAGGACAUUCUAGCCAUUCAGUUGAACCAUCUUAUAAUGGUAAUAUGAUAUUAAUAGUUUGUAAACAAUUUUACAUAACAUACUUAAAAGUUGUUAUAAGUAUGUCAAAGAACCAAUCAAAGUUUAAAUAAACAGCUAUCUCCAUGCUAAGAAAAAUUAAUAUAUACAGUAUUAAUACACUACAGUGCAUUCUAUAAAAUACAAAUGCACUCAAGUGCAUCCACCAGGAAUAGAAAGAAAACCUUAAAAAAUAUGUAUAAUGAAAUUUAAUAUUUAUCAUUUAAUAGUUGAUUUAGCAGGAAGUUGGGGUUUAUAAGGUAUAUACUUAAAAAAAAAAAAAACCUGACACAUAGUUAACCCCAGCAGCUAUAGAAUCUUUUAAUAUAAGAUGGAAUACUAAGAACAAAAAGUAAUUUAAAUUUAAUUAUUAAAAUAAUUUAAUUUUGUUUUUCAUUUGAAAAAUAAGCUAAUGUGUAAGGUUAGAAAAGAAAGUUGGAAUGCAACUUAGAGCAUGUUUAUAAUGUGCACAGAAAAAGCUUGAGAAUGAUAAUUUUGGUUUAAAUGUGCUGGUUAGUUGAUGUUAUGACUACUUUAAAGUUUAAGGAUUGUGACACACUCCUACUAUUGAAAAACCUCAGUGUAACUUUAAUAUAUUUGCUGCUGUGACAUUUCAAAACAUUUUCAGUUUAUCAAAAUGAAUUACAGAUUUCAUUUUGGUGGGCGAUACAUUAUCAUUUUGCUAAUAACCAAAUUUGCAGUUUGUUCAGGGUCUUGAAUAGAUUUACAGAUAUUUAACACUGAAGCUGUUUUGAACUUUCAGUAAUGUAAACUCACUACUAAUUGGGUAGUUAGAAGCUGGGCAGUGCAUUUUAACUUUUACUAGACUCAUAAGAGAGACCAGUAAUUUUUAUAUAGCAGUUUUAAAAUAUGGGUCAGAGUAUUCAUGUUGGAUUUAUGGAGUAUGCAGUUUUAGAGGUAAAAUGUUAUAAAGCAUGUGCCUCCAUAUAAAGAAUGAGGAUUGUGCUUUAUACAUUAAAAAUUCUGAGUGCCCCUUUUCUCUGUUAAAAUUCAGGUUCUGAUCAUUUUUCUAUGUCAGAUUUUUCAAGUUCAAACAGAAUUCUUACAGCUGAAUUUAAAAAAUGAGUGCACCUUGUCAAAUACUUGUGUUUUUACACUUGUGUUUGUGUGUAUUUAAUAAUCACAUAUACAUGUAAUACUAAAGAGAUUUUCAGCUAUUAAAUUUAAAAACUGCUUACAUGUAUUUAAAGUAACUGACGAGUAAGGAAAUACACAAUCUAGUAGCUAUUUGGUAUCUGAGAUCUGUAGUGAAUUCUUUUCAGCUGUUAAUGUCACCUGCAUACUAGGGUAUGAAUCCUCUUACUCUCCCCACCCCCCACCCCCCAGAAAAUAUACAUAAUAGAUUACAAAACAGCAGAUGUCAGGGUCAUCUUUCUUUUUAAAGAAUUAAGCCAUAUUUUGUGAGGGCCAGACUUGGAUUAUUUAAUAUAUUCCCCUUCCCCGCCCCACUGAAAAACAAAGUUAAAGAUAAAGUAAAUGUUUCAAAACAAUUUUAUUGACCUCUUUAUACAGAAUUUUACUUGCAAAACUUUGGGGGCUCGAAUGCAUUACAUAAUAUUUAUAUUGUAUUGAGCUUUUUUAUUCCUCACACUAUAUUUACAUUAAUAAAUUGAUUGAGAAGUUUAUAGUAAAGGGAAAUUUACAGAACACUUUUAUAUCAUUUAAAAGAUGACCUGACCAAAAACUUUACAGGAUUCAUAAAUCAGGGAUCAUUUUGCUAUUGACUUCACAGUGAUCAGUAGUUUUAUAGGUAAUAUUAUAGUUAAUUUGCAGCAUUUUAGUACUUGUAUUAUUUAUUUUUGGUCAGAAAUAGUAAAUUAAAAUAUUUUUUGAUAGCUUAUAGGUAAUGAUCAACCCAUAACUUAAAAGAAACAAAAUGUUUCUAUUAUUGAGUUAACUUUUUGAUUAUACAAACUAGGAAAGGCAGGGAAAUUUAUGGGUUCCCCUUCUCCCCAGUGGUUCUAGUAAGAUGUUCUUUAUGUUAAACUUUCAAAGUACUUUAUAAAUUUAGUUACCAGUUACUACUUAAUUGACAAUUUUCUGAAAAAUCCAGUUUCAGCAGACUUUUAAUGAAAGUGAAAGCAACCCUUAUGUGCUUUCUACUUAUUUGAAUGUUCCUCAAGUAUUUUAUAUUUAAAAUAAAAAAGAAGGAAAAGAAAAAACAGUGCCUCUGUUUUUAGAAAACUACUGCUCAGUAAAGUUGUUUAAACCAUUUCUGGUAGCUAAUGACAAUUUUAUAUUAAAUUGUAUACUAACUUUAGUGAGACUGAUUUUUUUAGUUGUUUACAGUACAAAUACUUGUAUUUGUUUUUUAAUUGCAGUAUUUCCAUUGUCGCAGUAAUUUAGUAAAACUCUGUGGCUGCCUUGAUUUUGACAGAUUUUGUUAAUAUAAACUGAUUGUUAGGCAAUUAGUUAUAUUUAUGCAUAAAUCAAUUGCACUAUAAUUCAUGAAUUAUUUAUUACAAUAUUUUCUAAUGAAUUCAUGUAUCUGUCUUGUGUUGUAAAUGUACUGUAAUUCUGUUCCUACUUUGUGUUGUUAUAUAUCUAAAUCUGAUUGUAUGAAUUUUAAUUGUUCAGUUAACGUGUUUCUAGGUUGUAAUUUGUAGUAAAGCACUUCAAUGCUUUUGCACUUAAAUUUACAACACUGUUGGCGUGUGAUUGAUUUACUCAUUCAGUAAAAGAAAGAAGAAAAACAAAAGAAAAAUUUGACUACACUGACUUCUUUGAUUCCCUGUAGGAAGGGAUUUUUAUUAAAAUUAGAAAUUGACUUUUUCUGAAGAAUUAUUUCAAAAAUAAAUUUCUAAUGGAAAAAUGGGUAGUAACAUAAAGUAGGCAGGAUGUUUUCAUUUUUAUGUCAAACAGGGAAAAGUUAGAAGAAAUUUGACAUGAAGAACAACCUGGGCUCUAUGAAAAAUAUAAGUUUAGGGCCUCUAAUCACUUGGGAAAAAAAUUGUAGAUUGGAGACUUUUGUGUAUAUUCAACUUACUCAUAUUAGGUUUUUCUUUGAGAUGGAAGAAACCAGGAAAAGAAAAAAACUAAAGCCAAAUAAGUAUAUUGGAGAGUUCUAUAAUUUGAAAACUUAUUCACCCUGAUAAUAUAAGAUACAGCCUACUAUCUGAAUAUCUAAUGGGUACCUGUAUUAAGCUAUUCUUCAUAUGACACCAGAUGGAAAUUAUUGGCCACCGGGGUAUAUGAAUUUGCAUCAUUAAAAGGAAUGAGCUAAAUUAGAAAAUUCUACUUCUAAAGCAUAGAUUUCCUUGGAAUGUCAGAAAAUGGUUAUAAAAAUCAGUGGUUUUCAUAAUGUUUGGAUGUUUCAUAAUGUUUUUAUUUAGAUUACUUAACCCUAGUUGUUCAUUUUGAUUGUUCCUACUUUUUAAGGACAUACUUAUUUCUGAUGCUGGGAAUUGAACCCAGGGCCUCAUACAUGCUAAGCUCACAUUCUACUAACCACAGCCCCAAAUUAUUUCAGCUUUGUAUUUAACUUCAUUAAUAGAAAAAUGCCUUGGAGCAUUUCAGGAACUGUUACAAAAGGAUGUUCAUCUUUAAGAUACAGAGCAAUGUAUUUUUCUAACAAACAUCCUCCCUUUCAUUAUUAGUUAACAAACAGGAUUAAUAGGCUACAUAAUGUGGCUUUAGAAACUGUUGAAGUGCAUCUGUUAGGAUAUUUUGGGUUUUCUUUUGCUUUUAUGACAAAGUUUUAGUUUGCUAGAUAGAGUAUAUCAAUAUUUAAUACCUAUCAUUUCCUCAUGCUUUUGCGCUUGUUUUGAACUUUCUGAUUUUAAAUCCUGAGAGUCAGUUCCAUUGUACAAUUCAAAUAUGACACAAUUUACAAAGCAAAUUAUUUACAGAAGGAAAAUUCAGAAUCUGAGGUUAUAUGCUUUAUUUAUCUGGAGGCAGCAGUAGACAUAAGAAGUUUUAUUGUAAUUCAUAUCUCUCUUUGAUGGCUUUUUUACAGCAAAUUAUUUUAAUGAAAUCUAAAUGAAAUAUUGCACAUUUACCUGUGAAAUAGGUUAUGCCAGUUUUAGGGAGCAAAAUAAUACUAAUUCCACCUUUUGUUUUAAAAGAAAAAUUCUUUAGUUUGUAUUAAUACACCAACAUAAUAAUUUUUUAUUUAAAACACUACAUUCUUCAGUUGGAACACUAUCAGUAUAUCCCUGUACCAACCCUAAAUAAAAUUUGUAUAAAUCAGGAAUUUAACUACAUACAUAACAAAUCACAAAAGGAAGGUUAUUUUCAUGUACAGAGUUUGGUGAUAUGUUUAAUAAAAAUAGAUACUUUUCUGAAACAGAAUUCUUUUAAUACAUUUACUCUUCUUGCUGCUGGUAUUAGAUUAAAAAGAUUUUUUUCAUAGACUUAUAUUAAUUGAUAAGCAAUUUGGGCAUUAAGCUUAGAUGUAUAUUAGUUUCUGCAGUGGGCAUUUUCCUGCAUUUGAAAUUUAAUAAUUAGGUAAGUAAUGCCUUUAGUUUUCCUUUAAUUACUGUAGUAUUUAAAUCAAUUAAAAAUAGAUUUAAUUUAUAAAUAGCUUCCAGUUGUUUAUUUUUUUAUUAGGCAAAAAUGCAGCUUAAUCUCAGAAAAGACAAUUCUAUUACUUACAUUAAAUCUAAAUUCCUUAAUUUUCCUUGUAACUAUACAUAGCUCUCUUUUCUUAACAAUUUCAUUUUUAGCAUUUGAAAAAAUAUUUUAAAUAAAGAUAAGAUUAUACUCCUACAUUUUAUUUUCCUUAUUUGCACUAACAUAGAUAAUUGUCAAAAUAACUCACAGAAUGUGUACUUUACAAAAAAUUUAACUCCUUCUCAAUUCUUUACAUUUAAUGUUAAUAUAUCCAAAACACUAAAUAUUACCAAUAUGUAAAUAUAAGUAUAAUUAUCAGCUUUUAUAUUGCAAAAAUAGGGCUUUGCUUUGACUCCUAUACUUUUGUCAUUGACAUUAUGUUAUUUGUGCUUCCUUAUAUUUUUGCUAAACAAUAAUCGAGAUGUCAUUAUUGCAGCUCUGUAGGUGUCAGGAAGGAGUCCAACAGUACCAAAAUAUCUUGUUCAAACUCUGUCAAAAUUAUAACUCCUUAUCGUGGUGUUUUUGCUGUAAUU